AUGGGUUGUUAAACACUGAGAAUUUGGUUGAAAUCACACCUCUUUUAAAGACACAAUAUCUACAUUUUCAAAUGGCUUAGGAUGAUUAGCUUAAAUAUAAGAAAGGGUAAAUAAAAUGAAUAUAUUUAGUUGAUGUUUGUAAUGGUGAAGGAAUCCAGCAUUUAGAUUACUAUUAUUCAUUGUAGUAAAAUGAAAAAGAAUUAUCAGUUACACUAAUUUAUAUAAGUGAAUAAAAUGGAGAAGUCAAUAAUUAUGCGAGUAUUAAAGGAGAGUUCAUUUAUCAGUGGAUCUGGAUUUAAUUUGGAAAAUCAAAAUAAUGGUCAAGAUAUCAACCUUUGAAUGUAGGUAAGUAUAAAGUAAAGAUUAAUUCUUUUGGAUAUAAGGGAAUCUAAAUGUAAGAGAGUAGUAUAGAAUAUUAGAAUGGAGAUUAAAUAGAUUAGAGUUGUAUAGGAAUAUAAUUGAUUUGCCAAUGA